CGCCGGUCAAGAUUAACAGUUAUUAUUAAAGUGAAGCAUUCUGGGUAAUCUACUUAUCUGCAUCCACAUUCUGUAAAUCCCGCUGCCCCCUCUCAUCUGGUCCCAUCACCUUGGGCCAAAGAUAAAAAUCUCCAGGCGGGCUUAUGAAGCGACUCGUACAUGUCCAUGAACUGUUUAAAUGUGUGAGUGGUCAUCCUCGGACAUGUGUUGUUUACUUAGAAACAACACAUUUGUACCAUUUGAACAAUGCAACCGUCCAAAAUUCCACUGCCCAACAACAAACAAACCAUUUUUUGUAUUUUUGUUGGCUUCCCUUAAGAAUUUAAUACUGCGAUCACACUUGAGGGGAGGAAUCAUCAGACUAGUUCAUACAGUAUAAAGCUUCUUUUCCAAGAAAAAUCCUUCAAGGGGAAAUUCAAAUUAACCCUCAGUUGUCAUGUCAUGUUAACCCAUUGCAGUGAACACAGCACGCACACACAGCCACGCCCAUUACUGGGAAUAAGGUUCCUUGUUCAAGGGCACCAUGUGAACACACUGGAGGAAAUUCAACCUGAGGCACUUUCUGAACAUUAUUUAUUGUUUCUUCUUUUAAACACAACAAGCACAAACAACGAAAGGAUUGUCCCGUUGCUCCGUUCAUUGCUGUGAUGCGUUCAAAGACUCUUGUCCUGUUUGCCAAUGUUAACAAUGUCCAUUUCACCCAUUGGUCCUGCCACUAUUAUACUUAUGUCUUUAUAGUAUUAUGUCAUAUUGUGUGUUCGUAAUUUAUUUUAUUUUAUUCAAUAUGAAUGUAAAUACUCCAUUUAACGCAUCUAUUCAGUUAAGCACCCGGUUGCUUAUGGUCACCGAGUGUACGGUCGACGAAAGCAAAUAACUUGCGGGGUCUCUAAUUAACGCAGAGUCAAAAAAACCUCCUAAUGUAGCUUUUAUUCACGACACAAGACGGAUGUGAGUAUCAUAUGUGGUCGCCACAAGGGUUGGGUGUUGUGUACUUAUUAUCCCAAAUUGGUACUUUUGAAACAGUGCCAGUUCUUAAACAGUGCCUGAACCAAAUACAGUAGUUAAAAAAAUGGAAAACAUACAAAUUUUGUCCGAAACAAUGACUUUUUAUUUUUACUGAAUUUUGUGAUAUGUAAGUUGAACAGAAUAAUUAUUGAAAUACCUCAGUAAUAUAAAUAAAAUGAUAACUAAGUAAUACAUUCACCAAUAUGAAAUAAAAGCCACAACAAAUUGUCAUUAUUAUCACUGCAAAACCAGCAGCAACACACAACACAGGGAAUGAGCAAAAAAAUCUUUGCAUACAUUCCGCUGUUUAAGAAAUCGACAGUUGAUACACCAUUCUGGCAAGGUGCUGUGUUGUAAUGUUUACGUACAGAGUUUGUGAAUGCAUCUCGCUCGCCGUUGGUGGAUAAUGAGGAAGUGUUGUAUUUCGUGAUUGUGUGGAGAGCGAUGUAGAAACGUUUGAGUGCACCAUGUUGAAAUUAGAGCUGCAACAAAUAAUGGAUUAUCUAAUUAAUGGACUAACUAUUUAAAUAACCUCUGAUUUCAGCCUCUCAAAUGCGAGUAUUUUUAAAUGUCCUUAGUCAAAACAGACCUAUUUUCUUUGUGUUUUAGGCAAAACAAGAUAUUCACACACAUCAGCUUUGACUUUGGAAAACACUGAUGGACAUUUUUGCCUCUUUUCUGAAAUUUUGCAUACCAAACAACCAGCUAUCUGUAUUUGGUUCAUAUUGAUUUGGUCCGUCUAGGGUAGGGAUCGGGAACCUUCUUGGCUAAGAGAGUCCUGAAACCCACAUAUUUUAAAAUGUAUUUCCGUGAGAGACAUUUAAUAUUUUUUAAAACUGAAUACAACUAAAUGUGUGCAUUUUUAAGACCAACAAUUUUAGAAUUGAAUAAGCUCACCAAUAAUAAAUAAAAUACUUCUUAUUAUGGAUGCGACUUCUGACGCUGCAUGGUUUUGCAGCGUACGCUGUAUCUUUCUUUCUUUUCGCCAUCUCCUUCGUCAAAAGGGCUGGCUCCAGCCGACUACUUCUUGACCUCUCAAUGACCCCGGUAGGCUACCACAUUAUCCAGUAAUAAUCAAGUUUUGGUGUCUGACCCGAAAAUAUCCUGAGGACAGCUGGCAUUGGCUCUGGCCACCCACACCGUGGUAGAAAAUGGAUGGAUGAAUUAAAAUGCAUGAGAAAAUUUUAUAAUUUGCUCAUUAUUUUCAUCACUGUGAUUUCUGUAAUGUUUUACUUAAAAAUGUCAGCAAAAAAUAACAGUCGUGUUAAGAAAUGUCUGAGAGCCACACUAAAGAGCCACAUCUGGCUCCCAAGCCACAGGUUUCCUACCCCUGGUGUAGGGCCUAACCGAUUACGUGAUUAAUUAAAACAACAAGCUUCAUAUUAAUCGACUAAGAACAUGAUCAAUAUGUUCAGCCCUUGUUGGAAUUGAGCACUGCUGUUGGUGUGUUAAGGUUGGCAAUAAAGUUUUAAAAGAGCGGAAGACUGAGUGUUUCUUGUUGCAGGUGAUUUAGCAUGCAGGUAAAUGAGGCACUGAUAGCCACUUAUUUUUUCAAUCCAGUUACUUUCAGUAUGCGUCCCUAGUCCCCAUCCAACUCUGCAUGCGCUUUAAAAUGUUUGUUGCGCUACUCUGUUGUUGGUCUUAAAGCUAUGCGUGUUACACUUGCCGGACUGUUGUUUACAAUAAACUCAUCAGUGGUAUUGAUGCUGGCUGUGUCACGGUUUGUUUGGAGGCUGUAUGCAGAGAUGAGGCGAUGGUGAAGAUUAGGAUGAUUUAUUUGACCAACAAAAAAUCCAAACUGUAAAAUAAGGUCAAACGUCAGCAGGGGAAAAAAACUACGAAGGCUGCAGCGGUGCUGAGCGAAGCCACGCGACGAGGCUAGCUUAGACCAAAAAAACUGUAAGCUAGACUCCAAAAUGUAAGAGUGGCAUGUAGGCACGAGAAGUUGGAAAGGUGAGACUCGACCCAACAUUGAGAAACAAGCUGGCAACUGCAAACAACAAUUGCUGAGCCUACGAGCAGUGGUGAAGAACUGAGCGACUGCAGGUGUGUUUCGUGGCGCCACCCAGAAUCGGGAACUGUGGUGUCUGGAACAGAAAAGAGAACAGAGGGGAUCAGCAAAAAACAGAAACAGACCAAAGAGGACCGUACAACGUGACAGGCUGAGCAGCACAGUCCUGCUGUUCCAACAUUGGUUCUGUUGCUGCUGUGUUGUGCAAUAAACUUGUGAAUAAAUGACCAUGUGGUCAAAGAGACCUGUAUGUUUUGCUUUGCACUUUUUAAAGUACAAAUGGUUAUUAAAGUUUAAAAAUGAAGUUAUUUUGUAUAAUGGGCAUUCACAUUUGGGAAAUAACAGCCUCUCUCCAAUUAUCACCAGCUUUCAAGUAACUUUAAAUAAAUUUUAAAAAUCCCUAUCCAUAAUUAGAGCAUUUACAGUCUAAUUUCUUGUUUCUGAUUAAAACAGGUUCGACCAGGGUUUUGAUAACUGCGACUGACAUGAAUUCAACAUUUUUUUUACAUCAAACAUGGCGGGAAAAGUACCUUUGGCCAGAAAACACUGACUUUGAAAACGGAGCCAGGGCUAAAGUUCAGUGCUGAAGACAGCAUCUCUGUUAUUAUCAUGUGUUCCAUAGAUGCAAAGGCUUGUUAAUGGGUUCGUUUAUUAAGACUCCAGGAAGUUGCAGUCAGUUCAAGUACAGGACUUGUUAACUAAGCAGGUUACUGUUUCACCACUAGGAGUUAUUUUUAAAUGCCAUCUUCCUUUCUACUCAUCCCUCAUGACAGAGCAGGAAGACAUCCUUUAUUGUCCUGCAUUGUAACCCCACUUCCUACUGCUGUUGUUUUUGUUGUCACUGAGCCGUGCAAACUCCUCCUCAGCUGCUGCUUACCCCACUGGCAUCUGUGUGCUGCAUAAAUAUUUGUUGGCAUCAAAGAUGGUAUUGUUUGAGAAGCCUAUCAGUGCCACUGUUCUCUUCUCUUCUGAGACCUCGGGGGCAGUGGGGCCCACCUUCCAGCUCGGCCCCGCCCAUGCUCUGUUUUUAUAAAACAAGCUCUCUCUCUCGUCAUGCAUCACUCUGUCCUACUUUAUUCUCGUCCUGUGUCAGCCGGCCUUUCUUUUGCGUCCUCUCUCCAUUCUCUGCUCAUGUUCUCGCCUCCCCGCCGGCGCUCUGCUUCCUGUUUCCUCCUCCGUCUUCGUCUCCGUCUCGCGUCAGCUGGUAGCCUGACCUUCCUUCUUUCCUGUCCACGCCACUUAUCGCGUAUGCUCUCAUCUCUCUCCUCCUCCAUGGUUCCCAUGAGGACUCUGCACCGGCUCAAGCUGAUGAGCUCGCCCAGCCUUAGCGACCUGGGCAAGAGCGAGAAGGGUUCACCAGAAGACAGGGGGGAGAAGCAGAAGAGAGCCGGUGCCAACGCCACCUGGAACAGUAUCCACGACGCCGUCAUCGCAGUCUUCCAGAAGAAAGGUUUGGCCGAUAACGAACUUUACGCUCUCAAUGAAGGCGUGAGGCACCUGCUGAAAACCGAGCUGGGUUCCUUUUUCACAGAAUACCUGCAGAACCAGCUGCUGACAAAGGGCAUGGUCAUCCUGAGGGACAAAAUAAGGUUCUACGAAGGUCAGAAGUUACUGGACUCUCUGGCAGAAACAUGGGACUUCUUCUUCUGUGAUGUGCUCUCCAUGCUGCAGGCCAUCUUCCACCCAGUCCAGGGUAAGGAGCCUUCCGUCCGUCAGCUGGCUUUGCUCCACUUCAGGAGCACCAUCGUCCUGAGCGUUAAGUUAGAGGAUGCCUUGUCUCGCCCCCGAGCCCGAGUGCCGCCUUCUGUGACGCAGAUGCUGCUCAUCCUGCAGGGAGUCCACGAGUCACGUGGUGUGAAUGAGGACUACCUGAGACUGGAGUCUUUGGUCCAGAAAGUCGUCUCACCCUACUUGGGAACACAUGGACUUUACUCUGGAGACGACACCGAGGACCACUGCUGUGUUCUGGAGAAGCGUUUACAGUGGGGCUGGUCCAAGUCUGCUGACCAGCUGUCUAAAAACCCUGUGGUACGAUCCAAAAGCUACAACAUUCCUCUGCUGCUGACCCCGGUGGCUGAGUACGACCCGGAUAGCAGCUCCGUUGGCAGUGGAGGAAUCAGGCGUCACUCGGCCUGUGAGAUGAUAUCAUGCCUGGAGGAGCAAAGUUUGACCUACGCUGACCUGACAUCCAGCGCCGAGCUCUCUGGCUCCACCUCCAGCAGGCUUUGCGUGGGCUCUCAGUAUAAAGGAGCCGCCUCCAUGGACCUCCCUCUGUCCUCACCCUCCCUCCUCCCGCUCCAUUCGUCCGGAGCGCUGCACGGCACCGAGGCCACGACCACCAUGACCGACCUCAGCAAAGCGGCAUCUUGCACGCCGCCCAGCGAGUCGUCCAGCCCCGAAACCAUCAUCGGGCAAGUGCUCGAGUCUGCGGACUCGGACUCAGAUGGGAUAUUUAUCGAUUUCCCGCCUCAUUCCUCAGAGGCUCUGGGCUACGGUCGCGAGAGCCGGCAGAGCACCGUGUAGCUGGGCAUCACACACACACACACACACCUUUCAUUCACCAAUUAUCAUCGUGAGUACAUUUCAUUGCUCUUGUCUAUCUUUGUUUUCCGUCCAUUUACGCUGCUUUAUGCUGGUUUUAAAAGUGAAAUAGUUAGCGAACUAAAAACAUGAAACUAAUUUAAAUACAAGAAUCCCAGAAAGCGCAGACCUCCAGUAAGGUUGAACUCUGAACAAGAGUCGCCAAAAAUUCCGUGAUUAUGUGUACGGGUAUUUAAGCGUAAAAACCAAGUUUGUAGACUUGCCAAAGAAGAAACAAAUCAGUUUUGGUGAAGAUCUGGAUAAAGGUACAUAUUGCGACGGUCCAGUGAAUAAAAUGUCUGCAAACUUUAUGAUUUUUUUUCUUUUAAAUUUAAAACAAAUGAGCUUUUCUUUUCAGAUCAAACAAAAAAGAAAAAAAUGCUACAUUUGGAGAUAGAUGCUUUUUAACAAAAAGGAAAAAAAAAAUGGGGCUACAUUACAUUUUUUAUUUCAAAAACGCUUAAAAAAUUCAGAGGAGCAUGCUUUUAUAAAUAAAAAAGCAAAAAACACAAUUUGAAAAGACAUUUUUGAUAAAAAUAAAAAAAAAUGGUGAUUCAUUCUUUAUCAAAGAAACAUAAAAAAAAAUUGGAGGCAUGCUUAUUUAAGAAGGCAAAAGAAAAUUGAUUAAUUGUGAAGAUGUGUUCUUAAUAAAAAGGAAAAAUCACAAAAUUUGAAGAUACAUUAUUUUACAAAAUCAAAACAUUUGGAUAUACAGUACAUGCUUUUUUAUAGAAAAAUUGGAGAUACACACUUUGCAACAAGAAAAAAACCUUACAUUAUUUGGAGACACGUGCAUACCUAAAAAGGCACAUAAAUCUAUUACAUUUGGAUAAACAUGCUUUAUAGGACAAAAUAUUUGACAUAUACUUCAUGGAGAAACAUGCUUUAAAGUAUCCAGGAUUUUCAUGAACUGUGUGAGCCCUGGUGGACAUCUGCUCAUUAGAGGGAGCAAAGAGGUCACAUACAAAAAUUCCCCCAAACACACAAACUAUUACCACCCUGGCUGAGGUAAUAGAACCUCAGAACUACAGCCAUUGGGACUGCUUUGAUGUCUUGGUUUUUGCAACCAGUGAGGUUCCACAUCCAUAUAUUUAAUCGUAUAUGUUUAUGUUUGGCAUUGAGUCCACUGACAUAGAGCUAGUGAGAGACAUCAGUGUGUUAUUGGGAUUUCCAGUAUUUGUUAUUGAAACAAAUAAUAAGCAGCUUCAUUCCACUGAGGAUCAUUUUGAUCCUUCAACUGAAUGUAAAAUGACAUUAAAAAUGACCACAAUUCCAUGUUGUUUUUUUACAUAGCAGCACCAUCCGCUUAUAAAGUCUCAUCAGUCCUAACUUAUUUUUCCAUUUCCAUGAUGUGGUGAAGUAAACACGCUAUGAUAAUGCGGGCUAAUGAACUGUUUCAAUGUUUUUCAAUGCUUGUAGAGGUCGAAUGCUUUUUACAUGGUGUUUUUUUUUCCUGCUUUGUACAGACAAAAUUCUUUUUAUUGUUUACAUUUCAAAGACAAUUGUACUGAAUGUUGUCUCACACACUGUACUUUGCACCUUGUCGAUAUACAAGUGCAUUGUUAGUUUUCUCAGACAGCUAGUGGUUAUGAAAUGAAUUCGUGUUUUCUUAAAAAGGGCUUUUUAAAAGAAUCUUUAAAAAAAAGAAGAAAAAAAUGUUUUACCUCAAGCUUUUUGUACUUUCCUUUUUUUGGACAAUCUAUACGGAGUCGUACUUUGUAUUCAUUUGUUAUACUAGCCCAGUGAAAAUAGAUUUAAAUAAAAUGUCAAAUAACCUUUUUUGUCUUGCUAUAUCUUUAUGAAAAGUUCUGUAACUUUGCUCUGCUUCACUUCAACAGCAUAAAACUUUGCACAGGUAAUGUCCAC